UUUCUCGAUCAGUCCGAAACUGCCUACUGACUUCCUGAGCUUCACAUUCCUGAUGUCACCACUGACUCAACUCUCCUUCCUAGCUGCUAGUGCUUCCAUAAAUCGAGUAUAUUUGAAGUCCAGUUUCUGGAAUCUGAAUCGCAGGUUGGCCUUGCCAGAGACCGUUAUUUGCUAUAGCUCGAGAACUAUGGCGACGGGUCCCGCUCGGACUGGUCCCUUCAUCGGCCAGUCAGGUUGCAGAUAUAACAUCGAACGGGUACUUCAGGAAGAGACAUGCCCGCCACGCCAUGUUUACGUUGCAACUGCCAAAAAUCAAUCCUUCAUACUGAAAUAUAUACAUGGUAUCAACUACGACGAUCUUGAAGCGAUAAAUGAUAGAUUGCGAGCCCAUGCUAGCCAUGUCCGACUUCCUCAAGACACCAUACCCGAGAAAUCGAUGUUUGUCUUCAAGUACUUUGCAGACCACCUUCUACACCUAGCUCAGAUGGACCUUUCUUUCGAAGUGAGGAAACGAAUACUUAAGGACGCCCUCUGUGGGAUAGUAGAGCUUCAUGAUCAGGACAUUGUACAUACUGAUAUUAAGGCGGACAAUAUUUUCGUUGACUACAGGAACGACCAGUCUGAAAUUCUUAUUGAACGCGUCCAGCUUGGUGAUCUUGAGGAUGCCGCACACAUUCCUCCCGGCUCGUCUAUGAUUGGGAAACAGGCAGGAAAUUGGAUGUGGAGGAGCCCUGAAGCCCAUGCCAAGGGGCCCGUGAAUAAACCAUCUGAUAUUUUCUCCUUUGCUCUUGUGUGCAUUUAUGCGAUGCAUAAAAGGGUGAUUUUUGCUGUCGGAGAAGAUGAGUUGGAAGAAGGUGUGGACCCUUUGGCUGUUGUGAUCGAGCGUCAAAUUUCCUACUUUGCAGACAUGGAUGGGUUAAACGGUCUCCUGAACCAUCUCGGGGACAAUCCUUGGGUACAAGUCUUUGAGACCAUUCGAGAUGGUUUCAAUAAAGACAACCCGCGAAGGCCUUUUUCUCUCUGGAGUGGAGUUGAUGAUGACUUCAAACAUCUGAUUUGUGCUAUGACAAACUUUGAUCCAGAAAUGAGGAUUACAGCGCGCGAGGCAUUAGCUCAUAAGUGGUUUGCAGAUGUUUGAAUUGAGCGGCUAAGCAAAUUACGUGAUCCAUAUACAAAGCAAACCUCAGUCAGGACCAGCAUACGUGGUUAAAGGCAU